AUGUUCAUUCUGAUCUCACCAGAGGACUUCUCAAAGUUUAGUGCUGUAGCUAUUGAAGAUAAUAUCAAUGCCAAGUAUGCCAAUAAGGUCAUUCAAAAAAUUGGCCUUUGCAUUAGCUUCUAUGAUCUUCUCGAGUCCUCCGAUGGUCUGAUUGGCCAUGGAACCGGGUUGGUUAAUGUCAACGUUCAAUCAAAGAUAAGUACUGAUCUUGCGCUAGUAAAAUUCCGAAUGAUUGUGUUCCGGCCCUUCAAGGGUGAGAUCAUGCUAGGAAAAAUUUCUAGUGGCACAGAAAAUGGAAUUAAAAUCGGCUUGGAAUUCUUUAAUGACAUCUUGAUCCCACCACAAAUGCUGAUGGAAAAUUCUCGCUUUGAUUAUGCGGAGCAGGUAUGGAUCUGGGAGAACGACGAAGGAUCGGAGUUCUUCUUCGAUGUAGGAGAAGUUGUCCGGUUCCGAAUUGAGGCAGAAGAGUGGCACGAUCAGAUUCCCAAUGCGCCAGAUCUUAUUGAUGAGACUCCUCAAGACAGAAAACCUCCCUAUUCUAUUCUCGGCUCCAUGCAAAUGGGUGGAACAGGACCCAUUACCUGGUGGUAG